AUGGAUGCGAUCAAGUCGGUGCUGAGUGGUGGGCCGUUGCACCAGUCGACCAACGGCACCACCGCUUCGACCGGUUCCGCCCCCACCCAACAAGCAGCAUCAUCCUCGGCUGCGGCCACUGCGCCUGCGCCGGAUGCGCACGCCGCUGAGCACGCCAAGGUGCAACAUUUCAUUGGUGGGUGGGCAAGCUGACUGCGUCCUUUGUAUUACAAGCAUGCACCUGCUGACUCUGUUACUCCAUCUCGUCUUGCGCUUGCGCUCCUGGCUAAACCUCUCGGCGCGACUGUGACUGCUGGCGCUGGCUCGUCCACUCGGCUUCGCACAUCUCCGUCGGCGUCGCGGGGGUCACAGGUGGACACUCGCUCGACGUCGCCGCACCGAGUCGUGUCGCCGACUUUGUCAGGUCAAGGGGUGGUCACACCGUUAUUACCAAGGUCAGUUGCAUCAUACUCACCAUCCUCCGCACUCGCUUCUGCACCACUGACAGCGAUGAUCGCCCCUCGCUCGUCCGCGUCGUCCCCACUCCACAACCCCAACCGAUUCUCCGAACCAGGUCUUGAUCGCCAACAAUGGUCCGUGCCCGCGUCGGUCCGCCCGUAUCGGCCCUAGAAUUGGGAGCUAAAGCGAUCGACCUUUCCACUUGUUGUACUUGCCUACAGGUAUCGCUGCCGUCAAGGAGAUCCGUUCGAUCCGCAAGUGGGCCUACGAGACCUUUGGGUCCGAGCGCGCGAUCGAGUUCACCGUCAUGGCCACCCCCGAGGAUCUCAAGGUCAACGCUGACUAUAUCCGCAUGGCCGACCAAUACGUCGAGGUCCCCGGUGGCACCAACAACAACAACUACGCCAAUGUCGACGUCAUCGUCGAUGUCGCUGAGCGCGCCGCCGUGCACGCCGUCUGGGCCGGGUGGUGAGUGGGGAUCUGCCGCUGGCUUGAUGCUCGAUGCAUCUCUGGCUGUGUUGCAGUCUGAUACGUGGCUGAUGAAUUGCGCUACAAUACUCCCUCCCGAUAUCGCUUCUCCCACCACUGUGUGUGCUCCCGAUCCACCUCGUUGUUCCUUCGCUGUGACUGGACAAUAGGGGCCACGCCUCCGAGAACCCGCGCCUCCCCGAAUCCCUCGCUGCCUCAAAGCAAAAGAUCGUCUUCAUCGGACCGCCAGGGUCGGCGAUGCGCUCGUUGGGUGACAAGAUCAGCUCGACCAUCGUCGCGCAGUCGGCCCAAGUGCCCUGCAUGGACUGGUCCGGGACCGGUGUCGAGGAGACCGUCAUGUCCCCCGACGGCUACGUCACCGUCGCCGACGACGUCUACGCCCAAGCCUGCGUUUCCGGCGCUGAGGACGGUCUCGUCAAGGCCGAAAAGAUCGGGUACCCCGUCAUGAUCAAGGCCAGUGAAGGUGGAGGAGGUAAAGGUAUUCGCAUGGUCGCCAAGUCCGAGGAUUUCAAGCAGUCGUUCGGUGCCGUUCAGGGAGAAGUACCUGGUAAGUUGGUUGGCUCAUACGCAUAUCAUCGAGUCGAAAGGCCCGUUUGACUGAUCAUACGCGACUGUUGCGCUCGACCGGCCAGGUUCGCCCAUCUUCAUCAUGAAGCUCGCUGGAGCGGCUCGCCAUUUGGAGGUCCAAGUUCUGGCCGAUCAGUACGGCAACGCCAUCUCGUUGUUCGGCCGUGAUUGCUCGGUCCAACGUCGCCACCAAAAGAUCAUUGAAGAGGCGCCCGUCACGAUCGCGGGCCCCGAAAAGUUCGAGCAGAUGGAGAAGGCCGCCGUGCGCUUGGCCAAACUUGUCGGCUACGUUUCGGCCGGUACGACCGAGUUCCUGUACUCGGCCGCCGAUGACAAGUUCUACUUCCUCGAGUUGAACCCGCGUCUCCAAGUCGAGCACCCCACCACCGAGAUGGUCUCCGGUGUCAACCUUCCCGCUGCGCAACUGCAGAUCGCCAUGGGUAUCCCCCUCCACCGUAUCCGCGACAUCCGAACUCUGUACGGCAAGUCUCCACACGGAGAGUCCAAGAUCGACUUCGACUUUGAGGACCCCGCUUCGGCUGAGACGCAGCGCAAGCCCUCUCCCAAGGGUCAUGUCGUCGCUGUCCGUAUUACCGCCGAGAACCCGGACGCCGGUUUCAAGCCCUCUUCCGGUACGCUGCAAGAGCUCAAUUUCCGGUCGUCGACGAACGUAUGGGGUUACUUCUCCGUCGCCGCUGCCGGCGGUCUACACGAGUUUGCCGACUCUCAGUUCGGUCACAUCUUUGCUUACGGCUCGGACCGAAGCGAAGCACGCAAGAACAUGGUCGUGGCUCUGAAGGAGUUGUCGAUUCGUGGUGACUUCCGCACAACGGUCGAGUACCUCAUCAAGCUACUCGAGACCGAGGCCUUCGAGUCCAACACGAUCACGACCGCUUGGCUCGACAACCUCAUCUCGGAGCGACUCACCGCCGAGCGACCCGACACGACCUUGGCCAUCAUCUGUGGUGCCGUCGCCAAGGCCCACCUCGCGACCGAGGCCAACAUCGCCGAGUACAAGCGCGUGCUCGAGAAGGGUCAGUCGCCCGCCCGCGAGCUCUUGGCGACCGUCGUGCCGCUCGAGUUCGUGCUCGAAGACGUCAAGUACCGUGCCACGGCCUCGCGCUCGUCGCCUACCAGUUGGUCGAUCUACAUCAACGGCUCCUCCGUCUCGGUCGGGUUGCGCCCCCUCGCCGACGGUGGUCUCCUUGUGCUCCUCGACGGCCGCUCUUAUACCUGCUACGGCAAGGAGGAAGUCGGAGCGUUGAGGUUGUCGAUCGACUCGCGCACCGUGCUCGUUGCGCAAGAGAACGACCCUACGCAAUUGAGGUCCCCUUCCCCCGGUAAACUCGUGCGCUACUUCAUCGAGUCCGGCGAGCACGUCAGCAAGGGACAAGCCUAUGCCGAAAUUGAGGUCAUGAAGGUGAGUCGUCCGUUGCGACUACCAUAGGUGGCAAGAAAGAGAGUGUUGGGAGGCUGACACUGCCUUAUCCGACGCCUUCCCUCAUAUCAGAUGAUCAUGCCUUUGAUCGCCGCAGAAGACGGUAUCGCGCAAUUCAUCAAGCAACCGGGAGUUACGCUCGAGGCCGGUGCCAUCAUCGGCAUCCUCUCGCUCGACGACCCCAGCCGAGUCAACCAUGCCAAGCCCUUCGACGGCCAAUUGCCCCAACUCGGUCUCCCUUCGAUUGUCGGCACCAAGCCCCACCAGCGCUUCGCCUACCUGCGCGACAUCCUCGGCAACAUCCUCGCCGGUUACGACAACCAGUCGAUUAUGCAGCCAACGAUCAAGGAGCUCAUUACCGUCCUGCGCAACCCCGAGUUACCUUAUGGUGAGGCCCACGCUGUCCUCUCGACUUUGGGUGGACGCAUGCCCGCUGCGCUCGAAGCCUCGGUUCGCCAGACGAUCGAGGCUGCCCACGCCAACAAGGCCGAAUUUCCCUCGGCCAAGGUACGCAAGCAGAUUGAGGCCGCCCUCGAGGCGUCACGCCCCGCCGAGGCUGCGAGCCUUCGCCUGACCCUCGGUAGUUUCCUUGACAUCGUCGAGCGAUACCGCGGCGGACUCAAAGGCCACGAAUGGCUCACGGUCGCUUCGGUCAUGAACGCCUACCUCGAGACUGAGAAGCUUUUCAGCGGCCGCGAGGACGACGUCGUUCUCGAACUCCGUGACACGCACCGCGACGAUCUCGACGUUGUCGUUCGAGCCGUCUUGUCGCACUACAAGGCCGCGAGCAAGAAUGCGCUCGUCUUGGCUUUGCUCGAACUCGUCAAAGAGUCGUCCGAAUCGCUUCAAGUCAUCGAAGCAACCUUCGCGCCCGUUCUCAAGGAGCUGGCUGAUCUCGACUCCAAGGCGACGUCCAAGGUCUCCCUCAAGGCCCGCGAGGUGCUCAUCCAUUGCCAGCUGCCCUCGCUCGACGAACGUCUCGUCCAGCUCGAGCAGAUCCUCAAGGCCUCCGUCACGCAGACCGCCUACGGGGAAUCCGCCGUCGUCCCUCGUGCCCCUCGUGCUGAGAUCCUCAAGGACGUCAUCGACUCGCGCUUCACCGUCUUCGACGUGUUGCCGACGUUCUUCCGCCACGCCGAUCAAUGGGUCGGCCUCGCUGCGCUCGAGAUGUACGUCCGACGCGCCUACAAGGCCUACAACAUCAUCAACAUCGAGCACGUCGAAUCUGACGAGGCCGAGAGCGAGCCUUCGACCGUCUUCUGGACUUUCCGCAUGCGCAAGGCCGGCGGCGAGUCGGGUCCCGUCACCCCUUCGACGGGCCUCACCUCGCAGAGGACCGCGUCGUACUCGGACUUGACGUUCCUGCUUUCGCGCGCCCAAGAGGAGCCGAUCCGCUAUGGUUCGAUGUUCGCCACCGCGUCGCUCAACAACUUGGCCCACGAGCUCAAGACCGUGCUCACGCACUACCCGAGCACGGCCACCAACCCGGCCGAGCCCCUCAUCUCGAGUCAAAGCAACUGGAACGUGUGCAACGUCUCCCUCAACGUCUCGCCGUCGACGACCGUGGCCGACGAGGACCAGCUCCGCACCCAGUUCGCCGAGUUGAUCAACUCGAUGUCGAACGAGCUUGACCGUCGCUCCAUGCGCCGUGUCACGCUCCUCAUCUGCCGCGAAGGCUACUACCCCUCGUACUACACCCUGCGCAAGGAUGCGGGCAUGUGGAAAGAGCUGUCGACGAUCCGCGAUAUCGAGCCCGCCCUCGCUUGGCAACUCGAGCUUGCCCGCUUGUCUAACUUCCACCUCACCCCGACCCCGACCGAGAACCGACAGGUGCACAUCUACUACGCCGUCGCCAAGGAGAACUCGGGCGAUUGCCGGUUCUUCGUGCGCGCCCUCGUUCGCCCCGGUCCCCUCCGUGGCAACAUGCGCACGCUCGACUACCUCGUUUCGGAGUCCGACCGCCUCGUUGCCGACGUCUUGGACACGCUUGAGGUUGUCUCGGCCACUCGCCGUACCGCGGAUGGUAACCACAUCUCGGUGAGUUGGCCCAGACAAGGUUGGCCCCAACUCUAGUCCAAUCACACCAUCUGACGCUUCUGACCCUUCCAAUCUUCACAGCUCAACUUCAUAUAUUCGCUCCGCCUCGACUUUGAGGACGUGCAAACCGCCCUUGCUGGUUUCAUCGACCGACAUGGCAAGCGAUUCUGGCGCCUCCGCGUCACCGGCGCCGAGAUCCGCAUGGUCAUCGAGGACGCGCAGGGCAACAUCCAGCCCAUCCGCGCCAUCAUCGAGAACGUUUCGGGCUUCGUCGUCAAAUACGAGGCCUACCGAGAAGUCACGACCGAGAAAGGCAUCGUCAUCUUGAAGUCGAUCGGCCCCCAGGGUGCGCUCCACCUGCAGCCCGUCAACUUCCCGUACCCGACCAAGGAAUGGCUGCAGCCUAAGCGAUACAGGGCGCACGUUGUCGGUACGACCUACGCCUACGACUUCCCCGACUUGUUCCGUCAAUCGAUCCGCAAGCAAUGGAAGGCCGCGGGCAAGACCGCCCCCAGCGAUCCUCUCGUCGCCAAGGAGCUUGUUUCGGACGAGUUUGGCAACCCUCAGGAAGUCGCGCGAGCGCCGGGAACGAACAACAUCGGUAUGGUUGGUUGGAUCUACACGAUCCUCACUCCCGAGUAUCCCACUGGUCGUCGCAUCGUCGUCAUUGCCAACGACAUCACGUUCAAGAUUGGUUCGUUCGGACCCGAGGAGGAUAAGUUCUUCCACGCCGUAACCCGACUCGCACGCCGGCUCGGCUUGCCCCGCAUCUACCUUUCGGCCAACUCGGGUGCUCGACUCGGUAUCGCCGAUGAGCUCGUCGAAUUGAUCUCCGCGGCCUGGAACGACCCCGCCCGACCCGAGAAGGGUUUCAAGUACCUCUACAUCACCCCCGAAAAGCUCGGUGAGCUCAAGAACAAAGGCGAGAAGAGCGUCAUCACGAAGAAGGUCGUCGACGAGGCGACGGGUGAGACGCAGUACCAGAUCACCGACAUUAUCGGUCUGCAAGAUGGUCUCGGUGUCGAAUCCCUCAAGGGCUCGGGUCUCAUCGCUGGUGAGACGUCGCGAGCCUACGACGACAUCUUCACCAUCACCCUCGUCACGGCACGAUCCGUUGGUAUCGGUGCCUACCUCGUUCGCCUCGGUCAGCGUGCGAUCCAAGUUGAGGGCCAACCAAUUAUCCUCACGGGUGCGGGUGCGCUCAACAAGGUCCUCGGUCGCGAGGUGUACUCGUCGAACUUGCAGCUCGGUGGCACGCAGAUCAUGUACAAGAACGGUGUGUCGCACUUGACCGCGGCCAACGAUCUCGAGGGUGUCCUGAGCAUCGUCAAGUGGUUGGCCUACGUACCCUCUGCCAAGGGUGCUCCGUUGCCGAUCUCGACUUCGGUUGACACCUGGGAUCGAGCCAUCGACUACCAACCGAUCAAGGGCGCCUACGACCCUCGCUGGUUCCUCGCCGGGAAAGCCGACGAAACCGACGGGCGAUGGCUGUCCGGUUUCUUCGACAAGGACUCGUUCCAAGAGACACUCUCGGGAUGGGCUCAGACAGUUGUAAGUUGUACCCUGUUGAUUUUUGGGUCCAAAGAUGCUUACCGUGGAGCCACACUCAUUCUUGCAGGUUGUUGGUCGCGCUCGCUUGGGCGGAAUACCGAUCGGAACAAUCGCCGUCGAGACGCGCACCGUCGAGCGAGUCGUCCCUGCCGACCCCGCCAACCCCAGCUCGAUGGAGCAGAGGAUCAUGGAGGCCGGUCAGGUCUGGUACCCCAACUCGGCGUUCAAGACCGGUCAAGCGAUCUUUGACUUCAACCGCGAAGGCCUGCCUUUGAUCAUCUUUGCCAAUUGGCGUGGAUUUUCUGGGGGACAGCAAGACAUGUUCGACGAGGUCCUGAAGCGCGGUUCGCUCAUUGUCGACGGUUUGUCGACGUACAAACAGCCCGCCUUCGUCUACAUCGUUCCCAAUGGUGAACUUCGUGGUGGUGCUUGGGUCGUGCUUGACCCGACAAUCAACGCCGACGGAAUGAUGGAGAUGUAAGCACACGCAUAAAUUCUCUUCGCAGGUAACUCACUCGCUGACUUCUUGUGUUUCUCCGACUCACAGGUACGCCGACGAGUCCGCACGAGCUGGUGUGCUUGAACCCGAGGGUAUUGUCGAGAUCAAGCUGCGCAAGGACAAGUUGGUCGCGAUGAUGGAACGCCUCGACGAGCCUUACCGCACGCUCAAGGCCAAGACCGUCGAUGCGACGCUUUCGGCCGCCGACGUCACCGCGGCCAAGAACGAGCUCGCCAACCGCGAAAAGAUCUUGAUGCCGUUGUACUCACAGAUCGCUUUGCAAUUUGCCGACUUGCACGACCGACCUGCCCGCAUGAAGGCCAAGGGAACUAUACGCGAUACGCUCGUCUGGUCCGAGUCGAGGCGAUACUUCUACCAACGCCUGCUGCGACGACUGGCUGAGGAGGACGCUCUCAAGCGCCUCGCCGUCGCCGACCCGACCUUGUCUCGUGAGGCGCGCGUCGACAUCGUCAAGGCUGCCAUUAACGAGAGCCAAGCCGAUUACGAGAACGACCCCGCCGUCACUAGUGCACUCGAGCAGCACAAGGCCAAAAUCGCCAGUCGUGUCAAGGAUGUUCGUUCGAACGCGAUGGCCGAUGUCGUGGCUGCGAUGACCAAGGAGGAUGGUCAAGGCGUGUUGGAAGGUCUCAAGAGGGCGCUCGGCGAGAAGCUGAGCUCGGACGAUGUCGCGACCCUGCAACGACUAUUGCAGAUUUGA